AUGCUGCUGCUCCUUCUGCUCACAAAUGCUUUUGUCCUUCUGCCCUGGGCUGGGGCAGGAAGGAUCAUUGGUGGACGAGAAGCUAAGCCCCACUCCAGACCCUACAUGGCUUUUUUAGAAAUUAAAAGUGGCAUACAAUUUUAUACCUGUGGAGGGUUCCUGAUUCGCCCAGACGCAGUGCUCUCAGCAGCUCACUGUGUGGAUAUGAAAGGGAGACCAAGGGUCACUGUGAUUCUGGGAGCCCACAAUGUAAGCAGACGAGAACUGAGCCAGCAGAAGAUCCGUGUGGGACAAUGGGUCAUCCAUCCUGAAUAUUCCCGUGAAGACGGGAAAAAUGACAUCGCACUGCUGAAGCUGAAGCCAAGGGCCAGGAUCAAUAAGAUUGUCCAGUUUAUCUCCAUUCCCAGGAGAAAUGAACGUGUGAGACCAGGAGCUUUAUGCACGGUGUCUGGUUGGGGCAUGACAUCUACAGAUGGGGACGAGAGUGAUGUCUUGAGGGAGGUGGAACUGAAGGUGCAAAAUGAGACAAGAUGUCAGAAGUUUUCCAGAAAAUACCAGCGUCGGUCUAUGAUCUGUGUUGGUGAUGAAAACCGUAAAAAAGCAUCAUACAAGGGUGAUUCUGGUGGCCCAUUAGUCUGCAAGAAGAAGGCUUAUGGCAUUGUUUCUCAUGGAUAUGAUGACCUCAUCUUCCCUGCGGUAUUCACCAGGAUCUCAUACUUUGAGCCCUGGAUCCGUGAGCAGCUGAGGGGGUUUGCAAUCCAAGAUAUUCCUGGCUCUCCGUCCUCUGACUAA